AUGGGAAUGAUGAGGCAUCAGUUCAUCGCUUUUGCCUCUUUAUUCUUCAUCUUAGUUUCAAUCACCACCUUCUGCCUGGAAACACAUGAGGCUUUCAAUACUAUUAUAAACAAAACUGAGCAGGUCAUCAAUGGGACAGAAGCUGUGUUACAGUAUGAGAUUGAGACAGAUCCUGCACUGACAUACGUGGAAGGAGUCUGCGUGGUAUGGUUUACAUUUGAAUUUUUAGUACGUGUUAUUUUUUCUCCCAACAAACUUGAAUUCGUCAAAAACCUCUUGAAUAUCAUUGACUUUGUGGCCAUCCUGCCCUUUUACCUAGAAGUGGGCCUGAGUGGGCUCUCCUCCAAAGCUGCUAAGGACGUGCUCGGUUUCCUCAGGGUGGUAAGGUUCGUCAGGAUCCUCCGGAUUUUCAAGCUCACCCGGCACUUCGUGGGCCUCAGGGUGCUGGGCCACACUCUGCGAGCCAGCACCAAUGAAUUUCUGCUGCUGAUAAUAUUCCUGGCCCUCGGUGUUUUGAUAUUUGCCACUAUGAUCUACUACGCAGAGCGGGUGGGAGCCCAGCCUAAUGACCCGUCAGCGAGUGAACACACACAGUUCAAAAACAUCCCUAUCGGCUUCUGGUGGGCUGUAGUCACCAUGACCACCCUGGGAUAUGGGGAUAUGUAUCCACGGACUUGGUCAGGCAUGCUGGUGGGAGCCCUGUGUGCACUGGCAGGAGUGCUCACCAUAGCCAUGCCCGUGCCUGUGAUAGUUAACAAUUUUGGGAUGUACUACUCCCUGGCCAUGGCAAAGCAGAAACUGCCAAGGAAGCGAAAGAAGCAUAUCCCUCCUGCUCCUCAAGCCAGCUCACCCACCUUCUGCAAGACAGACUUGAACAUGGCCUGCAAUAGCACACAGGGUGACAUCUGCCUGGGCAAGGACAACCAGCUGAUGGAACACAACAGAUCAUCAGCCACCGUGUCCCACCCUGUUGGACUCCAUGGUGUUUUGCCUCAGUGUCUGUCUCUUGUGUCAGCUUUGCCUGUGCCACAUCGUGGCCUGUUAAGCAAGAUCCUACAAAGAAGCAGUCAUUUAAAAGGAGCAGUGUUAUCAGGUGAAGACAGUGCAGGAAGUGAGCAGCCACUCUCACCUGGUGAAAGGCUCCCUCCCAUCAGACGUUCUAGUACAAGAGACAAAAACAGAAGAGGGGGAACAUGUUUCCUACUGACAACAGGUGAUUACACGUGUGCUACUGAUGGAGGGAUCAGGAAAGGCUAUGAAAAAUCUCGAAGCUUAAACAACAUAGCUGGCUUGACAGGCAAUGCUCUGCGACUGUCUCCAGUAACAUCACCCUACAGCUCACCUUGUCCUCUAAGGCGCUCUCGGUCUCCCAUCCCUUCCAUCUUGUAAACCAGAUGGCAUCAAUCGGCUACAUAGUAUUAAAUCAAAUGCUGUUUACCACUUAUUGGAAAUAAAUGUAGCAUUAAGCAUAGGCUCCACAAAUACGGUCUAACUCCUGCAUGAUACAACUGUCAGUAGUAAGAAAAGCCACUUGGGUAGCUGAAGAUUUUUGUCUUGGCUUUUAAAGGUUACUUAAGGUAGCAUUUCUCCUUUUAUCUACUAUAUUGUCCUACUUUCCUGUGGCAAUAAAAGGACAGUUAGUGGAUGCUCUUGUCCAGUAUAUUCAAUAAAUAAGCAUAUUUUCAGGGAGAUUUACUUAAAACAAUGUGCUUCCAAGUAAUUAUCAGUAACUCCAUUGAACCUCCAUUCCUUGUGACUCUAAUCCAUUCUGAAGAUGUCUGCUCUGAAGGGUCUGCUCAUUUGCAUGGACCAUCCUGUCUCCAUCACCUGACAAGCAGUGUUGCCGAUCGUGGAGACCACAGAGGGCUCUGGAUGUGUGUUCUCACAUUGUUACCAUCCUGCUGAAAUGAAAGCACUGAUAAACUGGUCUGCAUGUGGGAUUGUUUUUCUUUGUUUAACCUUUUCCUUUAUUUUUUUAACUAUCUACUUGUUUAUAAACGACUUUAUUUUGUGAUUAACUUAUUUCGGUACUGGAUUGCUGUAUCAGAGUUCUGAAUGUCUCCGGUUGUUUGCACACAGAUAACUGCAAAGAGGUUGUCAUUACUGGUUACACGCAAGCAGAAGCCAGAUCUCUUUCUUAAUGGCUUGGGGAAGGCACAAAACAUGCAAGAAAGGUAAACGCCAUCCAGACUUGCAAUUUUAAGCUAGCAAGUGCUGCUUGGUACUGUAGUAUUUUCUCUACUCCAGGGUUCUUCAACAUUUUCAGAAGCUGGUACCAAGUAAAACUGAAACAAUUAUUGGGGGCUUUUUUUUUUUUUUUUUACCCAUUGUAAGAGGGUAGUAGUUCUCAAGUUGGGUUUUUGACCAGCCUUAUACCUCUGGCUCACGGGCUUCAAAAAUUUCUUCAGUCAGUGUUGAGGUGCUUUGUCCUCUAUGUUGUUCGUCUGUCUGUUUUGCAACCUGUCUCCUUGUAUUCUCCAUCUGUCUCCAUAAAGCACAGAGAUACUGUUAAAAUGCCCCCCUUUUUUUAAGUUGAACUAAGAGCACUUUUCCUCCUUCUCUCUUUUUUUCAUAUGGACUAUACAUCCUUGUAUAGAUAGAAAUAUACGUAUUUUUCAAGUGCAGUUAGUAUCGUCUAGACUAACUCGUGUGCACUCCUAAGAUUUUUCAAGCGGCUUUUCAGCACUGACCGGUUGCCUAUUGCAUCAAUCUUCCUCCUAGCAACCAGCAUUCGUUACAAUUUUGAAACUGUAUCUCCUCUAGUGGCUUUUUCAUUCAAUAUUAACCUCUGUUUAUGCAACAGGACAAAUGCAAUGGCAAAUUUGAGGUUCUGGGCUGGUGAGGAAAAAUUACCCUUAAACUGUAGAGUUUUAGAACUACACAGGGAAGAUCAUAAUGACUGAAAUCUUAAGUGAUCCUUGAAAUUGUUGAAUAAUACCUGUCAUGUUUUACUUUUUUGUUAGGAAAAGAAAUUAAAUAUUUUGUUGACCGUGUAACAUGUUCUUCUGUAUAUAGCCAAGCCCAAUAGCAUGACCUGCAUGUCAGAAUUCUUGUACAAUAAUGUAUUUAUCAAAGUAUACAUUUCUGAUAUUUAGAGAUGUACAUUGAUUUACUUUUGGUAAAAUAUUGUCAAUAGAAAGAUAAUUGCAAACAGCUUUUAGCAAAUGAAUUAAUAUAAUAUCUGGUGCUGCUGUUAUAUUAACUACAGUGUUGUACAGAAUUUAUCAUGGAUUUUUGACUGCUGAAAAAGGGACAAUGGAAUUUAGCCAUACCAAGGACUGUACUGGAAAGAGACUGCUGCUGCUGAAUGGACCCUGAUAAACGACUCACACCUUGAGGAGGUCACUGAGACUGUGCUGAGAAGCAGAGCUUGUUAAAGAAGAUGAAAGACCGCUGAUAAUUACUGCUGCCAGAGGAAGGGGUGACUAGUCACUGUUGAUGAGUCAGUGUAAAUAAAACGCGUGUGCAUGGAAUAUCAGUUUUUAGCUGUAUCAAGGAAAGCUGAAUUCAUGUCAUCAUUGCUAAGGCUCCAUGCAAAGACCCACACCCCUGUGUUUAUUAUUCCUGGUUCCUGCAGGAAGCUGUGCUGUGGAUCAUACAAAGACACGCGCUUAAUAAUGAUAGUGAUGUAAACUACAUCUGUCUUGACUUCUGUCAUACUAAUGGCAUAUAUUGCAAAAGUCACAAAUUUAAACAGAGUAGGUUUGCAUAAGUCCUUGCUUUCUCAGUUUGCCAUGUCCUAAAUUGUUAUGAAUUCUAGUGUACAUGCCAAGUCCUAAGUUUACUUUUCACUCUAAUAACAAAAAUGUGACUGCAGACAAACAUCACUGACUUUGUUCACAGCACACAGUCUUCUUUCAUUGUUACCUCAAACUAUAAGUAUUAUCAGAAAUAAAAUUCUGGCAGCAAGAAUAUUUUGUGGGUUUUUUUUUUUUUUAAUUCAAAGUGUUGCAAACCCAACAUUAAUAAGUAUAAAAAUUGUAUUAAAAUUAUAUUCUACAAAUGUAUAUUUUACAUAAAAUAUAUAUUCUUUGAUAAGUUAUUUUCUGUGAUUUUUGUGGUAAAUGGAUCUAGUCUAUUCUAUGUUUAUGAGACAUUGUAGUGCUACGAUGUGGUAAUUAUGUUCCCUCCAUCCUAUUCAGUGGGAAAUUCUCCAGAAUCUGUUUUGUCACUCUGGUGUCCCAAUUGUAGGGACCUGUCCCAGUUGUGAAACUCUGUAUCGUGGAACUUCUGUGAACAUGUCAAGGUGCAUGCGCAAUCCUGGUGGAAACCAGUGGAAAUGUAAUACCUGAAUUGGAGAAUAAAAGGCAAAAGACCUGGGGAGGAACUUGGAACAUGU